GCUGAUUCCAAAAAUAAUAAAUGGUGGUAUAGCAGGCAUUAUUGGUGUGUCAUGCGUUUUUCCACUAGAUCUGGUGAAAACACGAUUGCAGAAUCAACAGAUAGGUCCGAACGGCGAAAAAAUGUACAAAUCCAUGUUUUGUUGUCCACAAGACGGGUCAUGUUCUCCUUAAAGUCAUUAUUUGCUUGCUCAUCUUUGUAUCAACAGAUUGCAAUGAUCCAACAUAUACAUAUAAGUUUAAAAUUAACAAAUAAAGCUAAAGCACUAACACUAUAAAUAGUUGAUGACACAGCAUUACAAAGCAGCUUUUUUAAGCAGCGAGAUAGAAGAGAAAAGUGGAUAUGAAGAUGGAAGAAGAAGGUUAGUUGAGGGAGAAGUGAGUGAGCGUGGGCGAACAACGGAGUUAGAACCGGCAUGUAGAUCUAAUUAGUGAACAAACAAAUGGUGGAAGAUGGAGAAAAUGAGAGAAAGGACGAACGGGUUUGAUUGUUUUAAGAAGACAUAUAAAGCGGAAGGAUACUUUGGAAUGUAUCGUGGCUCGGCUGUUAAUAUUCUUCUCAUCACACCCGAAAAAGCAAUCAAAUUAGCUGCCAAUGACUUUUUCAGAUUCAAUCUAACCACUACAGAUGGGAAAUUGCCGAUCUUUCGACAAAUGUUAGCUGGAGGGCUGGCUGGUUUAUGCCAAAUUGUAAUAACUACGCCGAUGGAACUACUAAAAAUUCAAAUGCAAGAUGCGGGACGUGUUGCUGCUCAGGCUAAAGAUGCAAGUAAAUCAAUUCUCAAACCUUCUGCAACUCAAAUUGCCAUGGAUUUGGUAAGGACGAAUGGAAUCAUCGGGUUGUAUAAGGGUACAGGAGCUACUAUGCUGCGUGAUGUAUCCUUUUCAGUCGUAUAUUUCCCAUUGUUUGCUGCACUAAACGAUUUCGGACCUCGAAAGUCCGAUGGGUCAGGGGAAGCUGUGUUUUGGUGUUCGUUUCUUAGCGGAUGUGUAGCUGGAUCUUUGGCCGCAUUGGCCGUAAACCCUUUCGAUGUAAUUAAAACUAGGCUUCAGGCUAUUAAAAAAGCGGAAGGAGAAAUGCAAUUCAAUGGCAUUGCAGAUUGCAUCAGGAAAACUUUUGUCAACGAGGGACCUCAAGCGUUUUUCAAAGGAGGAUUUUGCCGUAUGAUCGUAAUUGCUCCAUUGUUUGGAAUAGCUCAAAUGAUAUAUUUCUUGGGAGUAGCUGAAUCAAUAUUAGGAAUCACCCAGAAGAAGGUGUAAGAAUAGUCAAAAGCAUUUUUUUCUGUGCGUUUUAUAAACGAAAAUUGUAGUAUGAAAUACUUUGUGUAAUCACGUCUAUAGUAAAAUCCUAAACUUUGACAAUAUAAAUGGUGAUGAUUAAAA